AUGGGGAGGGGCGGGCCCCUGGUGGCCCGGGGGUUUCUCUUCACCUGGAUCUUAGUGUCAUUUGUCUGUCACCUGGCCUCCACCCAAGGAGCUCCUGAAGAUGUGGACGUCCUCCAGCGGCUCGGCCUCAGCUGGACAAAGGCAGGGGGUGGCCGGAGCCCCCCGCCCCCGGGGGUCAUUCCGUUCCAAUCAGGCUUCAUCUUCACGCAGCGGACCCGGCUCCAGACCCCCACAGCCGCCGUCAUUCCCGCCUCCCUGGGCACAGAGCUGGCUCUGGUGCUGAGCCUCUGCUCCCACCGGGUGAACCAUGCCUUCCUCUUCGCCGUCCGCAGCCGGAAACACAAGCUGCAGCUGGGCCUGCAGUUUCUCCCCGGCAAGACGGUCCUCCACCUGGGGCCCCGGCGCUCGGUGGCCUUUGACCUCGACGUGCAUGACGGGCGCUGGCAUCACCUAGCUCUGGAGCUCCGCGGCCGCACCGUCACCCUGGUGACGGCCUGCGGGCAGCACCGGGUGCCUGUCCCGCUGCCUUUCCACAAGGACCCAGCACUCGACCCCGAGGGCUCCUUCCUCUUUGGGAAGAUGAACCCACACGCGGUCCAGUUUGAAGGUGCCCUGUGCCAGUUCAGUAUCUACCCUGUGACGCAGGUCGCUCACAAUUACUGUACCCACCUGAGAAAGCAGUGUGGACAGGCCGACACAUACCGGCCCCAGCUGGGACCCCUCCUUCCCCGAGACCCUGGCACAACCUUCAGCUUCCAGACUGACCUUGCCCUGCGAGGCCUGGAGAACCUGACCACUGCCGCACCAGCCCUGGGGUCGCGGCCAGCAAGCAGGGAUCCCAGGGGGACUGUGGUGCCUGCCACACCCACCAAGCCCCUAAGGACUAGCAUCACAGACCCUCACCAGCGUGCUGCAGCCAGGGGCCCAGCACGGACCCCGCUGCCACCUGCCAAGCUGUCAGCCGGUGAAGUGCUUCCUCCCGUGCCCCCAGCCUCUCGUGCCGCCUCCGCCACACCUGUCCAGCCAUUGCAGAAGAGCACGGCCACCGGGAGCCCCAGACGUCAUCCGGCUAGGCUUUCAGCCACUCCUCCUUCCACAGGCCCUGUCAAAAACCCCCGCCCCACGCAGAAGGCAGCUCGGCCUUCCUUCACAAAGUCAGCCCCCCCCACCAAGAAGCCUGUGCCAUCCACUUCCCACCCACUUCCUGCCAAAGCCUCCCGACCCUCCGUGAGGCCGAUCCAGAGGACCCCUGUAACGCCCAGACCUCCGCUAGGUCCCCCUGGGCUGCCUGGGCUCCCUGGACCCCCUGGUGCACGGGGGCCUCGGGGUCCUCCUGGGCCUUAUGGAAACCCAGGCCUCCCCGGCCCUCCUGGAGCCAAAGGACAGAAAGGGGACCCAGGGCUCUCACCAGGAAAGGCCCACGAUGGGGCAAAGGGCGACGUGGGCUUGCCUGGGCUCUCUGGGAAUCCAGGACCUCUUGGACGAAAGGGACACAAGGGCUAUCCUGGACCGGCGGGGCACCCUGGAGAACAGGGGCAGCCAGGACCUGAGGGCAGCCCAGGGGCCAAAGGUUACCCUGGCAGGCAGGGGUUACCCGGACCGGUAGGAGACCCUGGCCCCAAAGGCAGCCGGGGCUACAUUGGACUCCCAGGGCUCUUCGGCCUGCCGGGGUCUGAUGGAGAGAGAGGCCUGCCUGGCGUUCCUGGCAAGAGGGGCAAGAUGGGUAGGCCGGGGUUUCCUGGAGACUUUGGGGAAAGAGGCCCUCCUGGACUGGAUGGAAACCCUGGAGAGCUGGGCCUGCCAGGGCCCCGAGGAGUCCCCGGCCUCAUUGGCGACAUGGGAGCACUGGGUCCGACUGGCUAUCCAGGACCCAAGGGCCUGAAGGGACUGAUGGGGAACAUGGGGGAGCCUGGACUGAAAGGUGAUAAGGGUGAACAAGGGGUUCCCGGUGUGUCAGGAGAUACCGGAUUCCAAGGAGACAAGGGGAGCCAGGGGUUGCCAGGGUUCCCAGGCGCACGGGGGAAGCCAGGGCCUCUGGGCAAAGUUGGAGACAAGGGAUCCCUUGGGUUUCCUGGGCCUCCUGGCCCCGAGGGGUUCCCCGGAGACAUCGGCCCCCCUGGGGACAACGGCCCAGAAGGCAUGAAGGGUAAGCCUGGAGCUCGAGGCCUGCCGGGACCCCGUGGGCAGCUGGGGCCCGAGGGAGAUGAGGGACCCAUGGGGCCACCCGGGGCCCCUGGCUUAGAGGGCCAGCCUGGCAGGAAGGGGUUUCCUGGUAGGCCCGGCCCGGAUGGCAUGAAGGGAGAGCCGGGUGACCCUGGACGGCCAGGGCCAGUGGGUGAGCAGGGACUGCUGGGAUUCAUUGGUCUGGUUGGGGAGCCGGGGAUCAUGGGAGAAAAGGGUGACCGGGGCAUGAUGGGACCCCCAGGCGCACCUGGACCCAAGGGAUCGAUGGGUCAUCCUGGAACUCCCGGUGCAGUUGGGACCCCUGGAGAGCCCGGACCCCGGGGUCCUCCAGGAUCUCGAGGUCCACCAGGCAUGAGGGGAGCAAAGGGACGCCGGGGCCCCCGAGGACCAGAUGGACCAGCCGGGGAGCAGGGGUCCAGGGGCCUCCAGGGCCCUUCAGGACCUCAGGGCAGACCGGGCCAGCCCGGGCAACAGGGUGCGGCCGGUGAGCGAGGGCACUCGGGAGUGCGAGGCUUCCCGGGCAUCCCGGGUCCCUCAGGCCCUCCGGGCACCAAGGGCCUCCCAGGAGAACCGGGCCCUCAGGGACCCCAGGGACCACUUGGCCCUCCUGGAGAGAUGGGACCUCAGGGGCCUCCCGGUGCAGUAGGAGAGCCGGGCCUUCCUGGGGAAGCCGGGAUGAAGGGUGACCUUGGGCCUCUGGGCACCCCUGGGGAGCAGGGCCUCAUUGGGCAGCGGGGAGAGCCGGGCCUUGAGGGUGACGGUGGCCCUGCAGGGCCUGACGGGCUGAAGGGGGACAGGGGUGACCCCGGGCCUGAUGGUGAACGUGGUGACAAGGGUCAGGAGGGACUGAAGGGCGAGGAUGGGCCCCCCGGGCCCCCUGGCAUCACUGGCGUCCGGGGUCCUGAAGGAAAACCAGGGAGGCAAGGCGAGAAGGGCCGGACAGGAGCCAAGGGUGCCAAGGGCUACCAAGGACAGCUGGGUGAGAUGGGCGUCCCUGGAGACCCUGGACCCCCUGGCACCCCAGGCCCUAAAGGGUCCCGGGGCAGCCUGGGACCAACGGGUGCUCCGGGACGGAUGGGGGCCCAAGGAGAACCGGGACUGGCUGGUUAUGAUGGACACAAAGGCGUCAUGGGCCCCCUCGGACCUCCUGGACCAAAGGGCGAAAAGGGGGAGCAGGGCGAGGAUGGCAAGGCCGAGGGGCCCCCUGGGCCACCUGGAGAUCGGGGCCCCGUAGGCGAUCGAGGAGACCGCGGGGAGCCAGGGGACCCUGGAUACCCCGGGCAGGAGGGUGUGCAAGGCCUCCGUGGAGACCCAGGCCAGCAGGGCCUACCAGGGGAGCAGGGAGAUGAUGGGGACCCUGGCCCCAUGGGCCCUGCAGGGAAGAGAGGAAACCCAGGUGUGGCCGGCUUGCCUGGAGCACAGGGGCCCCCAGGAUUCAAGGGCGACUCUGGCGAGAUGGGCUUCCCAGGGAUGGCCGGCCUCUUUGGACCCAAGGGCCCUCCUGGAGACAUCGGCUUGAAAGGCAUCCAGGGCCCUCGGGGGUCCCCCGGCUUGAUGGGAAAGGAAGGCAUCAUUGGCCCCCUCGGAAUCCUGGGACCUUCAGGACGCCCGGGUCCAAAGGGUGACAAAGGCAGCCGAGGGGACUUGGGACUGCAAGGUCCGAGGGGUCCUCCUGGUCCCAGAGGCCGGCCUGGCCCACCGGGUCCUCCAGGGAGCCCUAUCCACUUUCAGCAAGAUGACCUUGGAGCAGCUUUCCAGACGUGGAUGGACACAAAUGGCGCACUGAAAGCAGAGGGUUACAGCCAUCCAGACCGGCUGGUGCUGGACCAGGGAGGGGAGAUCUUUAAAACCUUACACUACCUCAGCAACCUCAUCCAGAGCAUUAAGACGCCCCUGGGCACCAAAGAGAACCCUGCCCGGGUCUGCCGAGACCUCAUGGACUGUGAGCAGAAGAUGGUGGACGGUACCUACUGGGUGGAUCCAAACCUUGGCUGCUCGUCCGACACCAUCGAAGUUUCCUGCAACUUCACACAUGGUGGACAAACGUGUCUCAAGCCCAUCACGGCCUCCAAGGUCGAGUUUGCUGUCAGCCGGGUCCAGAUGAAUUUUCUGCACCUGCUAAGCUCGGAAGUGACACAACACAUCACCAUCCACUGCCUUAACAUGACCGUGUGGCAGGAGGGCACAGGGCAGACCCCAGCCAAGCGGGCUGUGCGCUUCCGGGCGUGGAACGGGCAGAUCUUUGAAGCAGGUGGUCAGUUCAGGCCAGAAGUGUCCAUGGAUGGCUGCAAGGUCCAGGAUGGCCGCUGGCAUCAGACGCUUUUCACCUUCCGGACCCAGGACCCGCAGCAGCUGCCCAUCGUCAGCGUGGACAACCUCCCUCCUGCCUCAUCAGGGAAGCAGUACCGCCUCGAAGUUGGACCUGCGUGCUUCCUCUGA